UUCCCUAAUUUCAAAUUCCCUUUAUAUUUCUGGAAAACACUGUAGUGAAGAAGAAGGUGCGGACAACCAUGGAGAAGAGUAAAGAAGGCUCAAAAUUAAACAUUGCGAUCAUCCACCCUGAUCUUGGCAUAGGUGGAGCAGAGAGGUUAAUUGUCGAUGCUGCUGUAGAACUCUCAUCUAAGGGUCACAAUGUUCAUGUAUUUACAUCACAUCACGACAAAACACGUUGUUUUGAGGAAACCGUUUCUGGUAUCUUUCCAGUUACUGUGUAUGGCGCUUUUCUUCCCCGACAUAUUUUUUAUCGUCUCCAUUCAGUUUGUGCUUACCUGCGGUGUAUCUUUGUUGCUCUUUGUGUGUUAUUUUUAUAUCCUUCGUUUGACAUUAUACUGGUGGAUCAAGUCUCCGUUGUCAUCCCAUUGAUGAAAUUGAAAAAGCUAUCAAAGGUAGUAUUUUAUUGCCAUUUUCCAGACCUAUUACUGGCACAACACACAACAAUUCUUAGGAGAAUCUAUCGGAAACCUAUAGAUUUUCUAGAAGAAAUGACAACAGGUAUGGCUGAUUUAAUUCUUGUAAACAGCAAAUUCACUGCAUCUACAUUUGCGAAGACAUUCAAGCAAUUAAGUUCACGAGGGGUUAGACCUGCCGUGCUUUAUCCAGCUGUUAACGUGGAUCAGUUUGAGGAACUUAGUGCUACUAAGUUGACAUUUCUUUCUAUCAAUCGGUUUGAAAGGAAAAAGCAUAUCGAACUAGCUAUAUCUGCUUUUGCAAUGCUCUACAACAGCCAACAGGAGUUCCUACGAGGUGAUAAGAGAGAGGAGCUUUCUUUGGUUAUUGCAGGUGGCUUUGAUAAAAGGCUGAGGGAGAAUGUCGAGUAUUUGGAGGAACUGAAAAACUUGGCAGAAAGGGAAGGCGUCUCCGACCGUGUGCAAUUCAUCACGUCUUGUUCUACACCUGAAAGAAACACUCUUCUUUCACAGUGCCUCUGUGUGCUCUACACACCCAAGGACGAGCAUUUUGGCAUUGUCCCGAUAGAAGCCAUGGCUGCUCACAAACCAGUAAUCGCGUGCAAUAGUGGGGGUCCAGUGGAGUCGAUAAAGAACGGAGUGACAGGAUACCUCUGUGAGCCUACCCCUCAAGACUUCUCAGCUGCCAUGUCUAAUUUUGUUCGUGAUCCUCAGUUGUCUACAGCCAUGGGCAUGGAGGCGAGGCAGCAUGUCGUGGAGUUGUUCUCUACCAAGACGUUUGGUCACCACCUGAAUACCUAUGUUGUUGAUACGGCUCUUCAUAGCAAGGAAGAGUGAAGAGAAGUGAAGAAGAUAUCAGCAUGAAGAUUGUGAUCGUCCAAUACUCUUGUACAAGUAUAACUGUAGCUUCUUCGAAACCAUACAUAAGUUUUGCCUCUUCUUAAACUCAUUUUCUCUUGUAUUUUGAAAUUACUUUACAUAGAUUUAUAGACUUCAAUGUAUGUUAUAA